GCGUAGCUUGAUCCACAUUCCCAGCGCGUGGGCGGCCAUGCGUGAAAUGGGACGCGCUCCAUUGAGUGAAAAGACUCAUUGAUCCCGUUUUGGGAUGUUUGACUUUAGUAAAGUUUAUUUUCACUGCUUCCUGCAGAAAUGUGUGUAUUUCAGUUUACAUUGCAGCAGAAAGUCUUGAGUGAAGCGAUGGAGGUACCUUGAGGAAAAUUUCAGAAGAUCCCAUCAGGUGGAUAUUUUAUGACCCCUCCCCAAGAUUCAAAAUAAAAUCUGAGUCUCUCAAUGAAGGCCACUCAAGAGAACAUAGGGUACAUGUGCCGCAUGUGUUUGGGGUGUGACAGCCCUGCGAGGGAAAUGGCACCAGAGCUUGGCCGCCAUCGAUCUGCUCUCCAGCUUUGGACGAAGGGUCGCAGAGGCCGACGGGGAUCAUUAGUUGCUUUGUUUUCCGCUUUGCGGUAGCAGUGUGGCCGGGACAUGGCUUAGUUUUUGUAGCUCUUGAACUUGGAGGGACAACAAAGCAGACCACGUUUCAUAUCCAGGAUGAAAGGUAAGGUUCUUAAAAUUUAAAGUUGCCUGAAAAAUUGAGGAAACCAUAAUUGUUCUCCUUCCUUGUAGAUCUGGUGUAGUUUCACAAAAGAAUCUGAAAUGGGUGACUGGAAUUUCCUGGGCGGCAUCUUGGAGGAGGUGCACAUCCACUCCACCAUGGUGGGCAAGAUCUGGCUGACCAUCUUGUUCAUCUUCCGCAUGCUGGUGCUGGGCGUUGCCGCCGAAGACGUGUGGAACGACGAGCAGUCCGACUUCAUCUGCAACACGGAGCAGCCGGGCUGCCGCAACGUUUGCUACGACCAGGCCUUUCCCAUCUCGCUCAUCCGGUACUGGGUCCUUCAGGUGAUCUUCGUUUCUUCACCCUCACUGGUCUACAUGGGCCACGCCAUCUAUCGGCUGCGCGCCUUGGAGAAGGAGCGCCACUGCAAGAAGGUAGCGCUGCGGCGCGAGCUGGAGUCGGUGGACGCCGAGUUGGCGGAUGCCCGGCGCCGGAUCGAGAAGGAGAUGCGGGGGCUGGAGCAGGGCAAACUGAACAAGGCCCCGCUCAGGGGCUCGCUCCUAUGCACCUACGUGGCGCACAUCGUCACCCGCGCCGUGGUGGAGGUCAGUUUCAUGACAGGCCAGUUGCUCCUCUACGGUCAUCGCCUAAGCCCGCUCUACAAGUGCGAGCGCCAGCCCUGCCCCAACAUGGUGGACUGCUUUGUGUCGAGGCCCACCGAGAAAACCGUCUUCAUGGUGUUCAUGCAGGUGAUCGCCUGCAUUUCCUUGUUCCUCAGCCUCCUGGAGAUUAUGCACUUGGGCUACAAGAAGAUCAAAAAGGGCAUUUUGGGUUAUUACCCGCAUAUCAAGGAGGAUCUGGACGACUACUACGUCAACAAAUCCAAGAAGAACUCCAUGGUGCAGCAAGUGUGCGUGGGCGCCUCCACGGGGGGCUGCAAGGCCACCAUCCCCACGGCGCCCACUAGCUACACUUUGCUGCUGGAGAAGCAAGGUAACGGGCCCAACUACCCGCUGCUCGACGCCGCCUCUGCCUUCGUGCCCGUCCGGGAGGACCCGGCAGUCAAGCUAGUUGGCUUCAAGGAGCCCAAGGAGGCCAUCCCCAGCCCCAACGAUCAGAACAGCAACAACACGAGCAGCGGAACACGCUCGCCGCCCGCCGACAAGGACGCCGAGGAACCGGACUGCGCCGAGUACCCAGCUUCUUCCGACCCGGCCCCCUCUGCCGCUCUUCCGGCCGUGGCCCGGAAGUCCCGCAAACCAAAUCCACAGUGGAACUGCUCCACGGUUGUCGAGGGCAACAGCUCGGACAGCGGCGACUCCUACCGGGGUGGCUCCAUGAAGCUCCGCGGAGGAAGCGGAACCGCAGGCCCCCGGGCCCGGAACCCGUCUUCCAACAGCCUGAGGAGGCCCGGCAGGCCUCGGAGCCCGGACUCGGGCGGAGACGCCAGCUCGGCGUCCCGAGGGAGCCAUGAUAGCCCCAGCCCCGCCGCCUCCUCCCCGAACCGCCGAGUGUCAGCCACCAGCAGCGGCGGCAGCAGCAGGCGAGCACCCACCGAUCUGCAGAUCUGAUGCGCCGUUGUCUGGCGGACAUUUUGUGACAGCCACUCGUGGACAGUCACGAACUACAAAUACUUCAUUGCAGUACUCAAGUACAGGUAUGUGGUGCUUUUGCCACUUCUGGGGGCAGGUGAUAAUCGCUCGCCCACACACAAUGCAUCGCUCUCGGGCCCUGAGGGACUUUGAAGAGAGGGGCCGGGAAAGUCCGAAACCAAUCUAUAAUCUUUGAAGCAGACAUUACAUAAGCAGCGGCAAUGAAGUCAAACAGAGGACAUGAAUGCAAAAAUGACUUCCUUUUUUUUUUUCCUGUUGCUAAGAAGUUGCUGUUAAGAUUCAUGAUAAGUACUUCUGAAAUGAAUUAUUAGUAGAAAAAAAAAAAUAGAAGUGAAAUUGAAAAGGACUGAAACAGUCAAACAGAACCUUUAUUGAUUGUUACAUUCCAAAAAUAGCAUCCCUUCUAGUCUGCCGUUUCAGAUGAUGGCUCAUACUGCAUCAGCUGCAAAAUAAACAAUACAGCAAAGAAAAAUAAAGAAAAAUUAUGUUAUAAAUAAAAAAAAAAAGGCUUACCUUGCUC